GCGGAAUUCACUCUGGCUCCCUCGUCGUCGUCGUUGGGGCUUGCUCCAAAAAGUGCUCAACAUUUGCAGCUAAAGCAUUCGCUACGAUGUCGGCUAUAAUACAAACAACACAAAAACAAACAACGAUGCUCUUACCCGUCGUCACCAGAGCCGUAUCGCAACGCACGGCCACUAGGUCGCUGUGCCGGUCCGCGUCCACCUUCUCGCGGAUCGUCGGUCCAUCUGCCGCCCGCCUGACCCCAGCCACUGCCAACGGAUUGAGAACUCUCCCUACUCAGAGUCGUAAUGCCCUCUCUCGUUUUGGUCAAGCCCGGUUUAUGGCCGAUAAGAUUAUCAAAUGCCCACCAAUGGCGGAAUCGAUUCAGGAGGGAACUCUCACUCAGUGGCACAAACAGGUCGGAGAGUUCAUCGCUCGCGACGAAGUGAUUGCCACCAUUGAGACCGACAAGGUUGAUGUGACGGUGAACUCGCCGGAAUCCGGGAAGGUGCUUGAGCACUUUGCGAACGAAGGCGACACAAUUUCCGUUGGAGGAAAUUUGUUCAAGAUUGAACUGGGAGAUGCUCCCGCCGAAGAGUCGGCUCCCGCUGCGGAGAAGGAGGCACCAAAAGCUGAGGCACCAAAAGCUGAGGCACCCAAGCCAAAAGAGGAGGAGUCAAAGAAGGAGACUGCCAAGCAGGAGAGCAAACCGGAACCAAAGAAGGCUGACGCCUCUAAGAUCGCCGCACCUGCGGCUUCAAAACCCCCGGCUCCCAAGCCAAGUUCUAAGGCCCAAGCCCCUGUUGAGGGUGAGGAAUUCGCUGGUCAGCUGCCCGGAUCCAGGACAGAACGCAGGGUGAAAAUGAACCGCAUGAGGCUGAGGAUCGCUGAGCGUUUGAAGGAGUCCCAAAAUGUCGCUGCAUCGUUGACAACGUUCAACGAGAUUGACAUGACAAACCUCAUCGAAAUGCGCAAAAAGUACAAGGAGCUCGUCCUGGAGAAACACGGCGUGAAGCUCGGAUUCAUGGGCGCUUUCAUUAAAGCGGCCUCCGUCGCACUGAAGGAAGUCCCCGGUGUCAACGCCUCCAUUGAAGGCGGUGACAUUGUUUACCACGACUUUGUCGACGUCAGCGUCGCCGUCGCAACACCUAAGGGUCUCGUGACCCCGGUCUUGCGCAACACCGAGUCGCUUUCCAUCGUUGAAGUUGAGAAGGCACUUUCUGCGCUCGGAAAGAAGGCCCGUGACAACCAAAUUACCAUUGAGGACAUGGCUGGAGGUACAUUUACCGUGUCCAACGGUGGUGUCUUCGGAUCCCUCUACGGAACCCCCAUCAUCAACCAACCCCAGUCCGCUAUCCUGGGCAUGCACGCCACGAAAGAGAGGGCCGUCGUCGUCAACGGAAAGGUGGAAGCUCGCCCCAUGAUGUACAUUGCACUGACCUACGACCACCGCGUCAUUGACGGACGUGAGGCCGUCACAUUCCUUGUCAAGGUCAAGGAAAUCAUCGAAGACCCUACAAGAUUGCUUUUGGAUGUUUAAACGAAAGCUCUCCCGUCAUGUUAUAGGCUAACCCCCGAGUGUUUUGCCCCAUCUCUCUCAUUUGAAAUCAUAAUACAAUACCUCUUCGACCAAUGUUUCUAUGAUGAGUUGCGAAUUCCAAACGAAGUUGAUAUGAGAUUCCUCUCAACUUUAUGGGACGGGCCAUGCGUUGCAUUCAUUUGAGCAGAUAGUGACC